AUGGUCACUCGAACAUUGACUUUAUGUUUCAGCCAUGCUCUUAAUUAUCGACAAGCUAGGGUUUUCAAUCUUAUCCAUGGGCACCGCUUCAAGCGUGCCUUGUUAGCAUAUGUAGAUACAGGAAAUACCUUUCUACAUAAGGCAGCUACACAGGCUCCUGAUCACGUUUUUAAUUGCAUCUAUGACCAACGCUGCAAAUGCAGAGAACUGCAAUGGUUCAAGGAGGUGCAGAGUUUAAUGCCUCCAAUUUUUUGGGAAUUUCGGAGCAAGGAUGGCAUGAGAGCAGAAGAAUUAUUUAGAGAAAGUCACAAAGAAUUGAUGAAGGAAGGAGAGAAAUGGAUAAAGAGCACGGCAUCUUCAUGUUUUGUUGUCGGUGCCCUAAGCGUGACCAUUUUGUUUGCUGCGGCUUUUACUGUGCCAGCAAUUCUCACCUCUCAAUAUUCAGAAGAAAAAAUCCUGAAAUCCUUGCCUACAAAAUUGAUUGUGGGCCUCUGUUUUCUUUUCAUCUCCAUUGCAAGCAUGAUGAUAGCCUUUCUUUCCACCAUUCGUCUCAUACUGGACCGUGCAAACUACUCAUGGGGUCUCCUUCCCGUUAUUAUAUUUGCAAGUGUUCCAAUCUUCCACUUUGUGCUGUCACAAUUCCCUCUUCUUCUUCAUACUGCUACUACUACGUACGGGGAUAUCUUUGACGAGAAAGUGGAGAUGUGGCCAUAA